AUGAUACUUGGCCAGUUUCUCUCCUCGGGUCAUGGCGACCCGGAGGGCUAUAUACGUGGUCGCCUUGACAAUCAUGUAUCCAGCCCUGUGCUGGAUGUUGUCAAGGCAUUCCUUGGGCCUCGUCCGACCGAUGGCUCAUCCCUCGCGUCGGGGGCCGCCGCCACUGCCGGCCCCCGCCACGGCUCGGUCAGCAUCAGUGGCGUCCCUCUGGGCCAGCCGGAUGUCGAUUUGCUGGCCAAUCUCCUGUCCGGUCCGCACCGUGUCGGCUCCAUCGACCUCACCGGCAAUCUCAUCGGCGAUCAGGGUGCCUGCAGCAUUGCCACCGCCUUGCGGGAGUGCACCUCCGUGACUGAGGUCACUCUGGCUGGGCAGUGCAUCACCUCGCAGGGGGCCUUGGCAUUGGCCGAGGCGCUUGCUGGGGACCUGUCCGACCCGGCCGCGGCUACUGCCACCAGUACCGUGAGGGAUCCCUCCUGCUGCCCAUCCCAUCGGGCUUUCGGCCAUCAUCACCCGGCAUCGAUGGCCCCGCCGGACUAUGACGAGGUGAUGCGCCUGGCUCUUGGGUCUCGGCGGCGCCCGGAGGAGUAUCUCACCAUCCAUCGGCACUUUGCUGGCAAGGUGACCCCGAUGACCUGUGGUGCUGAGCGCCAGGCCGAGCCUACCUUCGCCGCCUCCUGCCGGCCGACACGGAACCUCUCCGUUCGGUCGCUGGCCCUUCCUCACAAUAUGCUGGGUGACAUGGGAGCUCUGCAGCUGGCGGCGGCGCUGCUCCGCGGAGCGGUUGUCGAGCACCUUGACCUCUCGGACAACGGCAUUUCCUGCGUGGGCCUGCAGGCUCUGGCCAUCGCCCUGCAGCGUGGCGCCCAGUUGAAGUCUCUGCAGCUGGACUUCAAUCGCAUUGCUUCGGAAGGCGUCAUUUUGCUGCUCGGCGCUUUGAAGGAGAACACUUCUCUCGAGUCUCUGUCUCUUCGAGGCAACCAGAUCGAUGAGGAUAUCCUCCCGCACCUUGCCGAGGUCCUCGCCCAGAACUCCACCCUUCAUACUAUUGACCUUUCCUCAAACGUCUUCUCUUGGCCGAUCGACAGUGAUGGCCCAGAUGUCUCUUCUUCUGCCGAGGAUGAUUCGAGGGCCAUGAACGGGUCCCCCGAGGCUGUUCGUCGUGCUCUGGUGAACUCCCUUGAUGCAAACACAACGUUGCGGUGUUUGCACAUGUAA